GGUCAAUUAGGCAAUUCCACGGGACAAAACCCUAUAUAUUAUUAUUAUUUUCCUCCCGAAGAAAACCCGUCACUCUUUCCCACCAGCGAAUGCGAUGUCGCAGCAAGGUCAAAUUCCGAUAAACCCCAUGCUCCCUCCGCAGAACCCGAUGGCCACCAUGCCCAUGCCCAUCCCCAUGCCCAUGCACAUGCCCCUUCCCAUGCCGCUCCAGAUUUCCUUCUCCGCCCAGGACACCGCCCCCUCCUCCGGGAAGCGCCGCCGUGACGACGAGGCUCCCGGCACCGCCGCCGCGCCGGAUCAAUCGGCGGCGAAGCGCGCCAAGGGACAGGAUGUGAUAUUCAGGAUCGUCGUGCCCUCCCGCCACAUCGGCAAGGUCAUCGGGAAGGAAGGUCAUCGCAUACAGAGGAUUCGAGAAGACACCAAAGCCACCAUCAAAAUCGCUGACGCUAUUGCCAGACAUGAAGAGCGUGUUAUCAUUAUUAGUUCUAAGGACAAUGAUGAAAAAGUUACUGAUGCAGAGAAAGCUCUUGAGCAAAUAGCCCAUUUAAUUUUAAAGGAAGAUGAUAGCAGUCUUGAUGCGUCAAAAGUUACUGCGGGACAUGUGGCUGCCAAUACGAUAAGACUUUUGAUUGCAGGGUCCCAGGCAGGUGGAUUAAUUGGGACGUCUGGUCAAAACAUUGAGAAGUUGAGGGACUCUUCUGGUGCCUCUAUUACUGUUCUUGCACCAAAUCAAUUGCCUUUAUGUGCUUCUGCUCAUGAAUCUGACAGAGUUGUGCAGUUAUCAGGAGAUGUUCCUGCAGUCAUGAAAGCUUUGGAGGAGAUAGGUUGUCAACUAAGGGAAAACCCACCAAGACAAGUGAUUUCAAUUAGCCCAACAUACAACUAUGCUGCAAUUCGACCAUCCCAGCCAUAUCUUGACCCAACUUCAGUUGAUUAUGUUACAUUCGAGAUGCUGAUUUCGGAAACGAUGGUUGGUGGGUUGAUUGGCCGGUGUGGCUCAAACAUCUCGAGGAUCAGAAAUGAGUCUGGAGCAAUGAUUAAGGUUUAUGGUGGUAAGGGUGAACAGAAGCAUAGACAAAUUCAAUUUGGUGGUAGUGCUCAACAGGCAAGGGCCUCCUAGCCUAGACUGCCUAGUGGCACCUUCCUCUGGUCAACUGGGGGUGGCGUGGGGUGGGAGGAUGGCAAAGGUUUUGUAGCAGUCCUGGCUAGCUUCUUCAAGAGAAAACAAAUUGAUGCUAGGCUUGAUCCUUGACCUUGAUCAAUAUUAAUUCUUAUACAUCAGAGAAGACAAUUCAAAAUACAUGAACUUCUCAAAUCAUUUGUGUCUUUGUCCAUGUCCUACCUCGUUUUUCCUUGGUCUAGGAUCUUCUUGAAACAAAAAACUAGAUAGGGUUUUUCAGCUUAGAUCAAAAUACUAAUUUAAUUUGAGUUUUUAUAUCAAAGGCAAAGUGCUAUUGACAUGGAAUUGAAACUGUCGCAUGCUCAUUCUACCCUCGUUGAUUGUUUUGGGCUGUUGUGAUUUUUUUUUUUUUGUUGAAACUUGAAUUUGGU